AGUGCCACCAUCGGUGGUUGUGCGAAUAAAGAAGUAAUGGGUUGCACAGCCUGUAAGGUCCCAGUGUCAUUUGUACUUCGCAAAUCCAGUAGAUUGACUUUUCGUUCAGGAUUCGUUUGUUAUUGAUUAACUAUCUGAAUAAAUAUUAAAAUCAGGAUGUUUAUUAAGCCUUUUAAAGUUAAAUCGAACAAUCAGUUAAAGGGUACAGAAAGGAAAAAGUUAUGUCAAGAAAUUCUAUCAGCGUAUCCAACACUGACAGAUGAAGACACACAAUUGUUAAUACCCAAGAAGGAGGCUAUAUGUGUAAUGAAGAUUACAGCUCACAAUGGGCAAUUGUGCAAAGUAUACUGCGUUGCCAAAAUACCCAUGUUUUUCCAAGUUGAUACUUUACAUUUACCAUUAUUGCCAACUAUAUAUACUUUAUGGCAUCAUCCAAACUUGUUAACAAUUUUUACAACACGGCAACCAGUGAUUUCAAAAUUAGCAGGUGGUGCAGAUUUAAUGCUGCCUGGGGUGGUUAUCAAAGAACCAGUGACAUUGUAUUCUUUUGGCAAAUUGCAGAAGGGUACACCUGUUUCAGUUGAUACAGAUGACAAUAAGGCAUCUGUAGCUGUUGGCCUUACUGCAUUAUCUAGCGAGGAUAUGUAUAUGUCAGGAGGUUAUGGAAAAUGUGUAGAAAUCUUGCACGUAAUGGGCGAUACACUUUGCCAAUUGGGAAAGCCACCCAUAAGGCCAAAUUUAGGUCCACCAAAUGUUAAUAUGAGUGAUGAGAAGUUAGAAGAUACAGAAGACAAAGACAACAGUCCAGUUAAUGAAAACAAUGAUAAUUCGCUUAUUGAUGAGAUGAACAACUUAGAAGUUUCUAAUAAGAAUGAGCUAGUAAAUGAAUCUUCUUGCAAGGAAAAUAUAAUAGAUGAAACAGUGGAGUCUGCACAAAUAGAAACACCAGAGCCAGAAGAAUCUAUACAAAUAGAAACUGAAGAGAUGACAAUAGAUCCGGUACAAGAAAUGGAUACUUUGUUGGAGUAUUGCUUUCUGAAAGCAUGCAAGACAUCGCUAAAGUCUAGCGAUUUACCAAUGUUGGUGUCGAAUUUCUUUAAAAAUCACCUGAUGGCGGCGUGUCCGCCCGAUAAGAAUAUAGACAUAAAAAAGUCGCGGUACAAAAAGUUAUCUGUCUUCUUAGCAGAAAUGAAAGCGAAAGGUGUUAUUAAUACUUCUGUGACAAAAGGUGUUGAAAGUUUAUUAUCAAUUAAGUUUGACCAUCCACUGUUAAGGGAAUUAGUCAUUUUAGAAGAACCCACGCCGUUGGAACCAGCCGUAUCGAACACGGCGGUGGUCUCAGAGUGUUACAGGGUAACCGCGGAUGUUGUACCAGUAUUGUCGAAGUUCGGAUACGAAAAAGGGGACGUAAUGAAAAGAGCUGAGAUCAGAAAAUGUUUCACUGAAUACGUGAAAAGGGAGAACCUACAAGACGGAAAGAUAUUGAAAUUGAACCCGCAACUCGCAGGUAUAAUGAGAACCAAAGCGGAUCAGGUGACGGUCACAAUGGAGGACGGAAUAAAUAAGUUUAUAGGACGUAUGACGCACAUGCACGAAGUCACGUUAGCAGGGAAUAAGCUGCUGCAUACAGGAAAGUUGGAACCCAUUGAUAUGAGGGUUACAGUUCGGUCCGGCGGCAAGAAGGUUACACUAGUAAAUAACUUGGAAACGUUCGGUAUAAACUCCAAAGAGUUUAGUAAGGAGUGCCAAAACAUUGGAGCAAGUGCAACGAUUACAGAUGAACCAGGAAAGAAAACUCCCAGCGUUCUUGUCCAAGGAAAUCAAAUUCUAUAUGUAUACAAGUUACUAACUGAGAAAUAUCAAAUUAAAAAGACUUAUAUAAGAGGCUUAGAAUUUGCUCCUAAAAAGCCACACGCUCAUAAGAAAUGAAACUACAAUUGUUCGCUGCCGAAGAUCGUGCUUCUGUCUUUCACCAUUAAUUUUGUACAAAUCGAUAAAUACAAAGGUGACACUUACCUGAUCAAUACAAGAUUUGUAUUGCCUCAUGUUAAGAUCUCGUACUGAAAACUGUGUCUACAAGGAUACUCUACACCAUCGCAGUGUCGCGUUGCUAAAAAUAUUUUCCGUUAUUCGUUCGAGCAGUUCCUGGAUUCUAGAGAAAUAAUGUAAAACGAAUGGCCGCAUCUCACGAUUGUACUUUGGUCCAUGAAUAAAUGU